UUCAACUAAUUUUCUCAUUGCCGUCUUAGUUAUUGAAUCAAAGUCAAACACUUGACGCCCAAUCCCUUUGAAUACACAGAAGUUGCCAAGGACUCAACCCGCCAACACCCUCAACUACAAGAACAAAUCCACUGCUAUUAACUCCCACAAAUCCAACACUCAAGAACUUGAUCACUCACCAGUCGCAGAAACUGCAUAAUUAUACACUCCGUCAGAUGGAUCAGAGCACCAAAGGGCUUCCACCGCCGGCGUCAGCCGCCGGAACUGGGGCUGGCAAGAACUCGAUCAGUCGCCGGAAUGGUUAUCCGACGUCGUCUGGAUCCCACUGCAUGCACAGAGGCCACCGGAAUGAUCAAGGGGCUACAUCUGGAUACAGGUCAAGGUCAAGGGCACGGCAGGGAAGUAAAGAGGUCGUGAGAAGGGCGCUGACGCCGCCGUGUCAGAAGCCGACAUGGAGGUGGUGGAAUUUCAGGCCGACGCCCAGCCGUCUCUCCAACAUGUCUAUGGCUUGAUUGGUAGUCUCUAAUUUUUUGAAUGUACAUCAUAUGAGAGUUUAAAAAAUCUCAUUUUUUUUUUUUUUUUUGGAUUUAUACCCAGAUUUUUUUUUUUUUUUACUAGAUUGGAUUUAGUUUACCGUUGAGUUUCCUGUUAAAUCUCAUGUUCCAUUACUCCGUGUAUAAAAAUUAGAUAAAAUUAACAAUAUAAUCAUUACACACGUGACGUAUAUAUAAGAAACAUAAUAUAAGAUGCAACAAAAAAUUCAUUCCGUGCAUGACAGAAAAUCUUCUAUUUUAUUUUGGUGUCAACGCAAUAAUAAUCAAAUCAAGACACGAAUGAUAUACAUCUCCGCUUUUAAAUUAUGAUUUAAUUCUAUAAAGAAAUACGUGUCAAUCAUGCAUUGGUAUGCAAUAUCUACAGCACAUUGCUUCAACACCAGAAUGUAAUAGAAGAUCCCCGUAGUGGUAUUAGAUACACAAGAAAGUUUGAUAAUGCUUGUAAUAAAUAAUAUCGAUUAAACGAUUCUAUACAAACGACUCCAAAUUUAUCUUUUAAUUUAAAUUAGUAUUUCAUUUACAUAUAUAUGAAACAUGUAUAAAAUGGUCCCUUAAGCAUAAAGGGAUAUGAAUUUUAUACAUAUUACAAGUAUAUGAAAUGCAGAAUACAAGAUGAAAAACAAUUUGAAAUAAAGCAUAUGAACUGCUUCAGUUUGCCUGCAAAAACUACUUUACAUGUAUAUUUCUUCCUUUCAUGUAUCAGCAUCCAUCACUUGGGGCUUGAGUCUAAGAAAUAAGGAAGAAGAGAAAGCAAAGUUGGAACUGCAAUAGUCUUUAGCUCUUGUACGGGUUAAUAUUCGAUAUUAUUUUCAUUCACGCAUGAAUGAUAGGCGAUGUUUGCCUAAGUUACAGAUAAUAC